AUGUCCAAACUUAAAAAAGGAUUAUCCAAGGAUCUUGAAAAGGAACAAGAAGAUCAAGCGAUAGCAAAAGAAGAAUUGUUCUAAGUAUAAGUGAUAUCACAAUAAUAAAAAGCCUGUUGUCUAAAUUUAUCAAGAUUACCAAUAUUUAUCUGAAGAAUAAAUUGAUGUUAUUGCCAAAAUACUUCAGGUUAUUGAUUUUUUUAAAGAAAAUUGUCCUGACACACAAACAUUAAUGGAAUUUACAAAAUUAUGUUGCCAAAAUCUAAUCUAUGAAUUCAUACCCAAAGAUUCUCCUGUUUUUCAUAUUGGUAGAUUUUGCCAUGAUAUGUAGAUGAUGCUGGUGAUAAAUUUUAUAUUGUUCUAAGUGGGAGGGCAGGAAUCUAUAUAAGAAGACAACCAGCAUCUAUAGAAGCUGACGAAGCAGCUGCUCAACCAAGAAUACUAAAAAUGCUUGAAAAAUUGCGUUUGGAAUCUAUUUCUCAAUUACAAGGAGAAGAAUUGUUGAAAUUUUAUAGUUAAGUUAUUAAAAAGUAGUCUAAACCAUAAAAAGUGAUUGAUUCUGAAUUAAUAUUAUUUCGAUCAGGAAAUUUCGAAAAAUAUUUCACAAAUCAAGGAAUUUGUAAGUUUAUGUUAGUAGCUUAAAAAUACUCUGGUUCAAUAUUUGGUGAAAUGGCAUUAACCAAUGAUAAACCUAGAACUGCUAGUAUUUUUGGUUUAACUGAUUUGAAAUUGGUAUCCUUAUCAAAAGCUAACUUUAAGGUAAUGCUAAUAAGUAAACAUAGCAAGUUGGAGAAAAAGGAAUGAAAGCAUUACAAUAAAAGAUAGACUACUUUUUUAAAAUGUUUCCACAUAUGACCAAGCAUAAAAUGUCUAAACUUAUUUUGUAUUUUACAUCUGCCAAAUUUCCAGCUAACUUUUUCAUUUGGAAAUAAGGAGAUGAAACUGAUGGAUUCCUCCUAUUAAAAGAUGGAGAAAUGCAAUUGUUAUAAAAUGUUGAAUUUCCAAAACCCCCUAGUUAAAAUAAUGUAGAUUUUACCUUAGUUUCUUUAUUCUAACAUUCUAAACAGGAAGUCAAAGAUAUUAAAGAAACUAUAAUUCUAGCCAAUCUAACAGGAGGGUGUUUUGUUGGAGAAACAGAAGUUGUUUAAAAAAAAGAAAAAAGAGACUAUUCUGUAAAAACAUUAACUAUUUGUAAUUGCUAUUGUCUUUCCUUAGAAGUAAUAUUUUAUAGUAAUUAUUUUGAGAAUUAUCAUAUUGUGAGGAAAACAUUUCCUGAGUUUUUUUAAGCUUUAAAUUCUCUUCAACAACGGAAUAGUUAUCUUUUUAGAAAGAGAAUUGAGGAUAUUGUGAAAACAAAGAGUUGUAACUUUUAUCUUACAAAAAAGGAAGAAGCAUUAGCAGUCGAAAGAAGAUAUGCAAAUGAAUUUGGUAAGGAUCAAGCUAAACCACUUUUGUCUUCUCCUAUCCUUCGCUCUACUUUUUAAUCAAAACUCUCUAAACAAUAGAUGGUUGAAUAAAAUAAAUCAAUUAUUGAUCAGCAUACUAAACUAGAUGAAUAAUUUGGUGAAAAGUAAGAAGAAUUUAAUAUGCUAAAAUUGGCAGGAGACAAUUUCUAAAAGUGUCUUCUGAUAAGAGUUGAAAAGCAAUUUGAAUAAUUUUAGCCAGCAAAACCAAAGUAAAUAUUAUUGAAAUCAUAUAGAUCCAAAACUCCACAUUUUAGUAAAUAGAAUAUCACCGUCAAAGAUCUCCUAUAAUCAGUCCGUCGUAGAUAAUUCCCAUCUUUUGCAACGCAUAGAGAUUAAAUAUCUUAUAGGUAGUCGAACGAAGAAGAUUCUUAAUAAUUGCCUUCAAUAAAAGUUGCUAAACAACACGUAAGAGUUGUGAAUCCAAAUAUUUCAUCUAAAGUAGACAUCAUCAAAUCAAAUUAUCAAUCAUUUAUGAAAUCUAAAUCAAUGAGUUCUAGAUUAGAUAGAUUAUCAGACAAUCAAAUAUAAGGAUUUAUGUUGACAGACUCUAUUAAUACUUAUCAUCCUUUACAUAGCUUUUAAAAUAAGGAUGAUUAAACUAAAAAUAAAAAAAGAGUUAAAACAUAAUCUAAAGUUGAAUCUGAUUUUUAGAAAUCAAUAUUAUGA